AUGGCGGAUCUACACCCCUCCUACAGGAAGGCGCAGAGGGUUUCUCUGGCGAGGACUCUGGCCAACGAUCCAGAGGUGCUGCUUCUCGACGAGCCCACCAGCGCUUUGGAUCCCAUUUCGAUGCAGAAUGUUGAAGAUGUUCUAGUUAAUAUGAGGAACAAUCGGGGAAUGACCGUUGUCUGGUUUUCUUUCUUCUCCUUUGAAACUUGGUUCUGCUAUUUUCUUUUUAAAAGAUGGGUAGUGACAUUUAUGUAA